AUGUCACGGUCGGUUGCUGACACCGUGCUUUUGUCAUCAGUGAUGAUGUGGAUUGCCGUCAGAGACAGGUGGCAGCUGGCUGCUUGGUCAGAGGAUGAUGAAUCCUUGACCGACGGCGAAGACCUCCAGCUUCUCCUUGAUAGAGAGCUGGAUGAAGAUGACGACGACGACACCUCCUGGGUUGGAGAUUUCUUCUCCUCAGAGGAAGAAACCGAGGACACGUCAUCCGACGACGACUCGGCGGCGGGGGAUUUCCUGCGCGGCGGGUACUCGAAGGACGACGAGGAGACCGACGAUGACACCUGCGACAGCAGCAACGACGACGGCGGAGACGCCAACAGCUACAGUAGAGACGACAGCGACGAUGACGACGAUGACAGCGACGGCAGCGCGGCCCCUCCACCCAAGCGCCGCAAGGUCCUGGGCGUCUACUGGUGGUAG